GCCUUGGUCGGGCUACCAGCUGAUUGGCAGGGGUUUUGACCACCAGAUGAGCCUCAUAACACCAACGGCCGUUCGGAGCCGGAAGCCCGACGAGACGCGGGCCGAGCUCAGGGAGGAGGGGUCGGGAGCACACAGGCGAGUCGGAAGGCAGGGAGCGUGAAAGGCAGCUCCGGAGAGUUGUACAGCGGGCUGAGUCCGGCCGGAAAGAGGGGGGCGGGAGCGUCGGAACGCCCGGAAGGGGCGGGACCUUCUGAGCCCUAGACUCCAGGCCCUGUCCUAGUUCUGCCCUCGGAUGUCCGACCGCCCAGAGCCUGCAUGCGCCGGGGGGCGCCCCAGGACCAGGAGCUGGUGGGUCCGGGGACCCCUGGGCGGGGGUCCCGGAGCGCCCCUCCUCCCUCGGGACCGGUUGUUCCGGUCCUCGUCUUACCCCUGGAUCUAGUAUUCAGAGCGGACCAGCGGAGCGGCCUCCGACAGCUGCUGACCCUCUACAAUCCCACGGGAACUGCGCUUUGCUUCCGAGUCCUGUGCACAGCACCUGCGAAAUACACGGUGUUUGAGGCCGAGGGCUAUGUGAAGGCGCAGUCCUGCAUUGACAUAGUGAUUCGCCAUGUGGCCCCCAUCCCCAGCCACUACGAUGUCCGGGACCGAUUCCGCAUUGAGCUGUCGGAGGAGGGAGCCAAUGGCCGAGUGGUGGGCCGCAAGGACAUCACCUCGGUUCUCAGAGCCCCAGCACACCCCCUUGAGCUGCAGGGACAGCCCAACCCGGUGCCCCCGCUGGGGCCCCCUGCGGGGACAGCAGCCCCCAUGGCCAGACCCUUCCAAGAGACCCCCCGCCAGCAGCUGGCCACCAGCUCCUUCCUGCUCUUCUUGCUGACCGGCAUGGUGUCUGUGGCCUUCUUGCUGCUCCCACUCCAGGACGAAGUGGGCAGCCAGCUGCCCCAAGUCCUGCACGUGUCCCUGGGACAGAAGCUGGUGGCAGCCUACGUCCUGGGCCUCCUCACCGUGGUGUUUCUCCGGACCUGAGCCCCCCCGGGCAAGGACUCAGGCAGCCACUGUGACCUCUUUCUUUGCCUCUGCGCCCUCCUCCUCCUUCCUGCCCACUCCUCUCCCCCGUCCCCAGAGCAAAAUAUCCAGGGAUUUGUAUCAUUUUCCAAGUUGAAUAAAAUAACUUUGUAAAAUUGCA